UGCAUCAUGGAGGCGAAGUCAUCUUUCGCGAUGAGAUUUCGCUUUGCGAUAUUCGCCGUCGUUCUGCUAUUCAGCAUCAAAUGCGCCGGCAAGAGCGUCGGAUCCUCGGCAGCCGGCAUAGGAAUCGACACGUCUCGCUAUCACAACUACGACAAAAUGACGAAACUGCUGCGAUACUACGUCGACACAUACUCGGACAUAGCAGAGCUAGGCUCGGCUGGCAGGAGCGGACAGGGCCGCGAGCUGUGGUACGUGCGAAUCACCGGCAACGCGACGGACACCGUCGGCAAGCCCAUGUUCAAAUACGUCGGCAACAUGCACGGAAACGAGGCCGUCGGCCGCGAGAUGCUCAUCUUCCUCGUGCAGCACCUGCUGCAGAGCUACGACUCGUCGCCGCGCGUCGCCGCCAUCCUCGACACGACAGACGUUUACAUCAUGCCUAGCAUGAACCCGGACGGCUUCGAGCGCUCGACCGAGGGCAGCUGCGAGGGGCCGGGACGGUCGAACGCCAACCGCGUCGACCUCAACCGCAACUUUCCGGACCAGUACGACGGCGUCGACUACUCUCACGUCGACAUGUUUGCGGGCCGCGCACCCGAGACUGCCGCCGUCAUGCACUGGAUCCUUGCGAACAACUUUGUGCUGUCGGCGAACCUCCACGGCGGCAGUCUGGUCGCGUCGUACCCGUUCGACGACAGCGCGACUCACAGGAACGGCGUGAAGAGCGCGACUCCGGACGAGCGGCUGUUCACCUACCUUGCUCACGUCUACGCCGACGCUCACAGCACAAUGCAUCUCGGCGUGCCAUGCAGCGGCGACCACGGCUUCGAGGGCGGCAUCAGUAAUGGCGCCGAGUGGUACGACGUCCCCGGUGGGAUGGAAGAUUUUAACUAUCUUCAUAGCAACUGUUUUGAGAUAACUCUCGAGCUGUCGUGCUGCAAGCAUCCACCGAGGGCCCAGUUGGCAACCGAGUGGGAUAACAAUCGUGAAGCCCUGUUAACGUACAUGGAGCAGGUACACAUAGGUGCCAGCGGGUUUGUGAGGGAUGCGACAACGCAGCAGGGCAUUGCAAACGCGACCAUAUCCGUGGAAGGUCUUCCUCACCCUGUGACGUCCGACUCGCACGGCGCGUACUGGCGCUUACUCAGCGAGGGCAGCUACAACAUCACCGCCAACGCCAGCGGGUACGUUCCCGUAAGCAAGCGCGGCAUCGUCGUGAAGAGGGGGUUCCCGGCAACGACCCUGAACUUCGAACUGCCAAGCGGGAUGGAGGACGAGGGUCGCCCGCAGAUUGCCACGACGACAAUGACGCCACACGCAGAUGAAAACCAGUUCGUCGAGCCGACGACGUUUCAUCACCAUGACUACGAGGCGAUGCAGGCGUCGCUGAUGGAGCUGUCGCGGCGAUGUGCGAACAUCACGCGGCUCUACUCGGUCGGGGUGUCCGUGGAGGGACGUCAGCUCUACGUGCUAGAGAUCAGCGAUCGUCCCGGAACGCAUGAGCCCGGCGAGCCGGAGUUCAAGUAUGUAGCGAACAUGCACGGCAACGAGGUUGUCGGACGCGAGAUGCUGCUGCUGCUCGCACAACUUCUCUGCGACAACUACGAGACGAGCGCGCGCAUACGCCACCUGGUGGACGGCACGCGCAUCCAUCUGAUGCCGAGCAUGAACCCGGACGGAUACGAGAUGGCGCAAGAGGGAGACGAGGACGGUGACAAGGGACGCGCGAACGCCAACGGCAUCGACCUCAACCGCAACUUUCCCGACCAGUACUACCGUCCGGUCGCUGGGCUGCGGGAGGAGCCAGAGACGCAGGCCGUCGUGCACUGGAUCAGCGAGAUCCCGUUCGUGCUGUCGGCGAAUCUACACGGAGGAACCCUGGUGGCCAACUACCCGUUUGACGGCACGAAGGACGGGCGGCAGACGUCCAGCAAGAGCGCAGACGAUGCCCUCUUCAAGCAUCUCGCAGACGUCUACUCUUUCCAUCAUCCUACGAUGCACCUCGGCAACCCGGGAUGCUCGUCACAUCACGGCCCGGCGGAACACUUCACCAAUGGAACAGUGAACGGAGCGAUGUGGUACGUCGUUCGAUGCUGGUACGUCGUUCCUGUGAGUGAACCGGAGGCCGAUGUGGUGCGUCGUUGCGGCCUGACGUUGCAACCGGAGCGACCUCGUGGUACGUCGUUGCCGGGUGAGUUGAACGGAGCGAUGUGGUAUGAGAAGAGCACUCGCGUGGUGUCGGUGCCGCGCGGCGGCGGCGAGGCGACCGUAGCUAACUUCACGCUGCAGCGCGACGCUGCCGCCUGGUCGAGCAGCUUUGACUACGCACUCGAGCGCAACCUGCGACCUCGUGCAUACGACGCCGACCCCACGCGCACAGCCUACGCGCUCGCAGACGCACACCGGGGACUCGUCCACAUCGUACAGUACGGCAACACAGCUAGUGGGAAGCCGAUCAUUGGCGUCCAUCUAGAGGAAAGUCAGCUGGGCGUGGCCAACAAAGCGAAGGUGGGCCUGAUUGGCCAGAUGCAUCCGGAGCAGCCAAUCGGGAGCGAGCUACUGCUGCGACUGGCAACGCACUUGGCGACGGGCAUGGCGCAGAACGACCCGCGCAUCGGUAAGAUAUUUCAGACGACGACAGUGCACAUUGUGCCGGCGGUGUAUGCGGACGGAGGCGGGGUGGAGGGAGUCUGCGCGGGAAACUACACCGGCAAGCAGCCACUCUACGUGACCACGGAGAGCGAGUUUGCGGCGUUCGAUCAGUGCCUGAGCAUCCAUCACUUCCACAUCGCCUUGAGCAUGGAGAGCGGCCGCAGCGGCACCAGUUCAUCGCCGGCGCGGCUACCAGAGGACGCCACCUUGCUGAGUGACCUCAGCGCCACCUAUGCAUCUGUGCACCCCGACAUGGCCGUCAACCGUUCGUGCGACGACGUUGCCGCAGUAACACCUGAGUAUGACUCGUACGAAGCGUACGCAUAUGACAAGUACGGCACACUGAUGCUAUCCGCCGGCGUCGACUGCUGCAGUUAUCCAGGUGGCAGCACCUUACCGGAUCUGUGGAUGGACAACCUGGAGUCUCUCUUGCGUUUUAUAGAGAAAGCACAGCAAGGCGUGCGGGGCAUGGUGCUCAACAACAAUGGUCAGCGGCUGACGGUCAACACGAGCGUGGAGGUGCGCGGCCCGAGCUCGACCAUCCCUGUCCCGCUCGCGGGAGCCGAGUUUCUCAGGAUCCUUCCCCCGGGAACCUACACCGUCACUGCCCGCUCCCCAGGCUACGAUAGCUUGAGCAAGAAAGUUGUCGUUGUUGACCGCACGAUGGCGCUGCUGCAGCUGCAGCUGGACGUGGAGGUGGAGCGUAUGUCGUAUCACGACUACGCGUCGACGGUGGAGCUCAUGCAGCAGAUAAACAAAGACAACCCUCACAUCACUCGCCUCUACAGCAUCGGGCGGUCGAUACUGCAGCGAGACAUUCUCGCGCUGGAGGUCGGCCGCACGCCCGGCACACAGCAGCCCGGUACGCCCGCCGUCGCCCUUGUCGCCGGUAUCCACGGCAACGAGGUCGUCGGCCGCGAGAUGCUGCUGCAGUUCGCGCAGCAUCUGCUGAAGAGUUACCGCAAGGACGACAUGAUAACGGAGUUUAUUCAUGAGACGGCGAUUCACAUAGUGCCUCUGCUGAACCCUGAUGGCAGUGACUCAGCACUCUACGGUCAGUGCGUCUCAACGGAGGGUCGCAGCAAUGCCAACCACAUCGACCUUGACGUGUCCUUCCCCGAAGCAGGUGUCACCGCAGUAGCAUUGCCACCAGAGGUGCAGGCGGUAGCUGACUGGAUGAAGAGCAUACCAUUCGCGCUUUCCAUCUCCCUGCAGGGCGGCAAUCACGUGGUCGCCUAUCCGGUUCAGCGUAACGAGUCGACGACACGACUCAUUGCGGAACACUAUGCCGCCGCGAUGCGAUUCGACGACGCAGAUGACGACAGCCAUUGCUCAAACAAGUUCGACCCUUCGUUCAAGUCGGUGCCGGUGAAUGGAACCGUGGUGCGGGACAGUGACGGCCGCAGCCUGCAGGACUACGUGUUUUCCUCGACCGUCGGCAUGGCUGUCACAGUGUUUACUGGUUGCUGCGGUUACCCCAAAGCAGACGAGCUGCCAUUGCUCUGGAAACAGCACAAGAUCGGCCUUCUGGCAAUGAUGAAUGAGGUUCACCACGGAGUGACAGGCUUUAUCCGCGAUGCGAACAACCUGCCGAUAGAGGGCGCUAAGGUGGCGAUCGAAGGCCUCGACAAGCCCGUCUACACGGGGAAGCACGGCGACUACUGGCGCCUCCUGGACGAGGGCGAGUACACGCUCGUCGCGUCGGCGUCCGGCUAUCGCUCGCAGAUCGAGAUUGUGCACGUGCGGCAGGCGCACACGGCCGUCGUGCGAAACCUGCAGCUGCCGAAGGAUGAGCGUCUGCUUGGCAUCGAACCUUACCUGCUCAUUGCCAUCGCAGGUGGAGUCACCGUCUCGCUGAUGGUGAUCUCGCUGUGUGUGUAUGCAUGCACGAUACGCAGCAGCAAGACGCGCUACCAGAAGCUCGACAGCUCGUCCGGCGGCGGCGGCGGCGGCGGCGGCGGCGGCGGCAGCGGCGGGCGGCGUGAGGCAAACCCGUCGCGCAAGUCACUGCUCACGUACCACGACUCGGACGACUCCGACGAUGAGGACGUCUACUACGAGAAGCAGACAAUCUGAUCGCCACGGCGACGGCAACGGCGGUGGCAGCGACGGUGGCGCUGGAGUCGGCCGUGGGACCUAUCAGUGAGCGUUGCCUCGGUUUCGUGGUCGGACGGCCCCAACAAUCAACCUGGGAUGGCGUCGUGAAGGUUGUCAGAGAGAUCAUUGCAAAGGUCGUCAUGAAGGUCGUUGUAUGGGUCAUCGCGAAUGUCGUUCGAGAUCGUUAUAUGGGCAAUAAACUUUCGGCCAAAGUGAUACAGCCAAAUCCCAUGAUUGGAGGAUAGCAUGGUGGUGAUUAUAUGGUGAUGAUGAUUAGAUGGUGGUGAUUGAGGGGGAUAGCAAUUAGGCAAUGUCACGCUGGCUGUAUGUCGCCUAAUUGCCGUGAUUGCAUACUCGUAGCUGGCUGAUAGUAAAAGCUGGUAGUGUGAGUAGCUGCUGAAUCUACCCUGACUGAUCACGUAAUAAAUAAAUAAUAUAUAUACACUUACCUAUACAUGUAUGUAUAUAUAUA